AUAACUGAUUCAACAAUGAUUCAACACAAUCAUAUGCACCAAGACAAGAUUCUAAAUCGCUUUUGCUACUUACAGUCCUGUCUGUCAGGAAACCCAAGCAAACCAUGCUUCAUCCUUCACUUCAAGGGUGUGACAUUGAUGUUGGACUGUGGACUAGAUAUUUCACAGGUUCUGAAAUUUCUACCAUUAUCAGUGGUUCCAAAGUCAGAUAAUUAUGAUAAAAAGUGGAAUCACAGUGAUAAAGAAAAGGACAAAAUAUUGGGGGAUGAACUAAAAGAGGUAGCAGGAUCUGUUUUUGUAGAUGGGUCGCUAGAGUUCUGUGCUCCUGAGUUUGGCAUGACAACAUUGUCUGAGGUGGAUGCAAUUUUAUUGUCCAAUCACAAUACAAUGCUAGCCUUGCCAUAUGUUACAGAGUAUUCAGGGUUCAAAGGAACUGUAUACUGUACAGAACCCACUCAACAAAUUGGCAGACAGUACAUGGAAGAAUUGGUGACUUAUGUAGAAAGGAAUCCAAGAAAUAAGAAGUGUUCCAAGUGGAAAUCUGACGCAAUCCUCUCAUCUUUACCCACAUUUCUAAGGGAGGCAAUUCGACCAACUGCUUGGCGCGAGUGUUACACUAAACAUGAUAUACAGGCCUGUCUCUCCAGGGUCCAGACUGUGGGAUACAAUGAGAAAAGAAAUAUAUAUGGAGCUCUGAUAAUCACUGCCUGUAGCUCUGGCUAUAGUAUUGGGAGUUGUAACUGGACAAUCAAGUCUCCAUACCAAAAGAUCUGUUAUAUAUCUGGAACCUCAACUUUGACAACUCAUCCAAAGCCAAUGGACACAGAACCAUUGCGACAGAGUGAUCUUAUUAUCGUCAGCUCAAUGACAAAAACACCAGGGUACAAUCCAGAUCAGAUGAUUGGAGAAUUCUGCAUGAAUACAGUGGUGACCAUUAAGAAUGGAGGUAAUGUCCUUGUACCAUGUUACCCCUCAGGAAUGAUCUUUGACCUCUUUGAAUGUUUAAGCAGCCACCUUGACAGCUGUGGACUGACCACCGUUCCUUUGUACUUCCUGUCGCCAGUGUCCGAUAGCUCAUUGGCUUACUCCAAUAUUUAUGCAGAAUGGUUGUCAGGAUCAAAACAAUCCAGGGUUUAUCUGCCAGAGCCACCAUUUCCUCAUGCAGAGCUUGUAUCCAUUGGCAGGCUGAGACAGUACUUGAAUAUUCAUGAUGGUCUACAGAAUGAUUUUAAAUCGCCUUGUAUUGUUUUUGCUGGUCACCCUUCACUGAGGAUGGGGGAUGUUGUUCACUUUAUAGAACUGUGGGGAAAAUCCACCGGCAACACAAUACUUUUCACAGAGCCUGAUUUUCCAUAUCUAGAAGCAUUAGCACCAUUUCAACCUCUUCAGAUGAAGGUGUGUUACUGUCCAAUUGACACAGGCUUGAGUUUUUCCCAAGCAAACAAACUGAUGAGAGAUCUGAAACCAGGACAUCUGGUUGUAGCGGAGUCGUAUGUUCAACCUCCUUCAAACUUAUCCCACAAAACAGACAUGGUUGUUGAUUAUGACCCACCACCACUUACUUAUAAGAGAGGAGAGAUUCUAACACUGCCCAUAAAGAGACAGUUUGAAACUGUUGAAAUCACCCCAAACCUUGCCAAGAAUGUCAGUCCUGUAGAAGUCAAACCAGGCUGUAUGGUAUCCAUGGUUACAGCUGCCCUGAACAUAAAGGACAACAAAUAUACAUUAGAGCUGUUACCUGAUGGACAUUUAUCUGGGAAGAAGAGGCGAGCAGAUGGCAGCCUUAUCCGUGAGAAGUCCUACAUCUGGGGCAGUCUCAACAUUCAGUCCUUUGUCGAUGCACUCACCAGGCAAGGUAUAACAGACAUUAAAGUUGAAGACACAGAGGACGGAUCAAUCAUAGAUCUGUGCUCAAUAAAGAUGGAGAAGCUAGAGGCAAGUGUUAUGAUAGAGCAUAUAGAAUCAGACAAGUCGGGAAAUCAAACAGAUUCACAAGAUGGAGGUCUCUCCCAGAAAUCAGAAUGUAGGAGAUCCACUCAAGAAAAGCUUGUAAAAAUCAAUGUACCUCUUCCAAAUUUAAACCAUCAACAGAUUGAUACUGGAGCGACACACCUAUUGAUUUUAGCUGACACCAGUGGCUCAAUGAGUGGGAACCCCAUCACACAGGUGAAGUCUGCCCUCAAAGAUAUAUUGGAUGGAGCACUAGAUCAGCCCAGCAUGGUCACAAAUUUAAUCUUGUUUAACAACGAAGCUUGUACUGUGAAUCUAGACAGAACAAAUUAUUUGAGUCAAGUUGAAAAGAUUAAAUCAGGUGGAGGAACUAAUUUUUCAGCUGCUUUUGAACAUGUUGGAAAUGAAAUGAGGAAAGUCAGAAAGAAAACAGAUAAAAAAAUUGAGAAAACUGUUAUUGUUUUCUUGACUGAUGGAGUUGAUGCUAGACUCUAUGGAACAAAAACAGUGGAGCAAAAGUGGUUCCAGUCUCUGAUGGCCAGUGUUGAAAAUAGUGCAGGAAGAAGUUCAAUCACAAUUCAUGCUGUUGGAUUUUCAAAAGAACACCACUAUGAGUUCCUCAAGAAAUUGACAGAACAAGGAACCGGGGAGGGCAUGUUCCGCUAUUGUGAGCCCGGUGAUGGACCCACUGUCCUAAGGGACAAACUCCAGGAACUCUUCGACUUUGUGCUCAGCAAUGCUACCUCAUCAAUGAAUGUGAUGGUUUCUAUAUCUGGUACUAACCAGAUUUUAGAAGGAGGAACAGCUAAAAACUCAGCCAUAUAUUCAGGGGAGAUAACUAAAGAUGAAGAAUUAGGAAAGUCAGAACUGGGAGUUGAUUUAUGGAUGCUUAUCAGUGACCCUGAUCCCACAAAUCUCUCCGUAGCGGUGGAAAUGACAAUAAUGAACAAGCAAGGAAAGCCAGAAAAAACCUUUGUUCCAUGUGAAGUUACCACAACCCAGAGACAAAUUGUCAGAGCUGAAGAGAAGGUUGUGUGGAAUCUGAAAGUGUUACAGAGAAACAGUGAUGUUCUGUUGGCAGACAUUGGGAAAGCCAUCUGUGAGAAAAAUGUGAAAGAAAACUUGUCGAGUAGAGUUGAUAAGCUACAGGAUAGGUUGUCCCAGGUGCCACUGUUCAGAAAGGAAUUUAAUAAAGAGCUGAGAGAGAUUCUCAAGGGACAUUUGGACGACAUCAAGAAAAAGAUUGAUCAGAUGAGAAAUGUCCUGGCUGAGUUUGCUCGAGGAAAUACUCAAUCUGUUCAGAUGUUGGCUCGAGCCCAUGACAUGAGAUAUCAAGCAAAGUUUUCAAAGUCUCGGAGACAGAGAAUUUUGGAUAAGCGAGUGGCAAAGAACAUGCCUCAUUUACAAUCCGCCCAGGCCCAGCUGGAUCAGAUACAGUUAGAUAGAGAGGAAAUCCAACGGAUGUCGAGGUCGUCCACCGAUUUCUUUGUCUGCACCCUAUCUCUGAACAAUAUCAAGGACAUUCUGUUGGAUAGUGACAAGGAUGAUGCUAUCGGGUUUGGUUUGGCCGUGCGCAGACAAGAACAUGUACUGGAUGCUCCUACUUUGGUAGAACUUCAUUCAGUAAGUGGGACACUAGUGAGCAGAUGUGCUAUGUUGGAUGCUCUUGAGUACAAGAUCAACUGUGAAGGACAGCUGAGAGCUCACGGUGGAUUUGAUUUCAGCCAGCCACUAGGUGUCACCACUAUUGGUCAGUCCCGGGAACCAAUCAAUGCCUGGCUCCCUCUGUACUGCACCAAGCAGCACUGGGAAAGGGUCAAGGUAUUGCUGAAGCCUUCUCUUGGUUACUUCUGUACUUUGGAUCCUCUGGGUUACGAUUUCCAGCAGAUGGACGUUAUGUUCAUGAUCUUGGGGUCGAUGGUUGGGGAGCUUUCUGAUACAAAGUCCAAUGACCAGCAACUGAAGAUGAUUUUCUGCUUCCUUCGAACUUGCCAAGCUUGUGUACAAGAGUUUUCCUUGGAGAACAAACUUACAGAGGCUGUCAGAUUGUUCCUUACCUCCCCAGAAGACAGAUUCAAACACAAACUGCCAAACCUGUACACUAUGAUUGGAUAUGUUCUAUCACUGCCUGCUAAUACUAUCACACAAAUACUAGAUGGAGAGGAGAACUUGAGGAAAUUCUGGCUUGCUAUGGUUACAGAGUGCUUAAGGAGAGCAGCAUCUAGAAAUCUGAGAGAAAUCAACUCCAACAUUAGCCAUGGGUUGAUUGAUCUUAUUUUACAUGGAAAGAAAGAAAAGGACCUUUUGGAGGAGUCUCCAGCCCUAACGGAACUUGUGAAACUUAUGUUGACUGAAUCUAACAAUAAAGACCUACCACUUACAAAAGUGUUUGAUCCCCGGGAAGGCCUGACUAUUGAUGACAGCAUGACAAAGAAAUAUGAUGAAAAGCUGGAUCAGGCCCUGGAAGUCUGGGCCCAAGCAGAACUGGAUAUAAUCAGGAACAAGAACCAGGCAAGCAAAGUGAAUGCAGCUAGAAAAGCAGUGGAGAAAUGGCAGCAUGAAGGACGGGCAGCGGUAGUGGUGGAUCCAACAGCUGAAACAGAGAGUGGGGUGGAUGAUCCAUGUUCACUGACUCAGUCAAAGUUACAGCACCUGGCAAUGAUGUUACAGAUUUUCUCCAAUCAAGCCAAGCCAAAUAUACAGAGCUUCCUGGGCUGUAUGGCAUUUAUUAAGAUGUGGCUGGGACAGUCCUUGGACAUUGAUGAAAUGGACAAAAAUGAUGGACUUCCUCCAGAGAAGUGGAUUGUGAUGGCCAAGGAAGCUGUGAAAAGGGUGUACAGCUGUGCAAAUGAUCAAUUAAAACGGUUUCUGUAUACUGAUAAAGACAAAGAGGAGGAUACGCUAGUGGUUCAAGGAAGUGUGAAUGAUGAAGUUUCAUUAGUCUCUAACUCAGAGGAGACUCAGACUGCUCAGUGUAACCAGUCAAAAGAUAAAAGUCAAGGUCAGAAUGUCAAUGAAGAUAAUGAUGAUGUUGAUGAUGAUGAUAAUGAUGGUGAAAGUGAUGAUGAAAGUGAUGAUUUGAAUGAAGAUAUGGAUGAUUAUUACCUUGCAUCAAAACCUAGAAAGAUUGUAAAGGAUGUGAAAAAGCAUAUUUCUCUGCCUGUGAUAUUGACCUUGAUUGACCCUGACCUAGAUGUCAUGCAGUUGACACGAUUACUGAUGUGUCAAAUUAUCCUCUGUCAUAGCAACAGCAAAGCAAGAGCAGCUGUAUCAAGCAAGCUGUAUAUUGAUUUUGCCUUAAAAGUUGAUUAUAAAGAAGAGCUCAGAAAACUAGAUUCACUUCUAAUAAAAAUGAGAGAAGAAGCCAUAAAGGAUGUAAUGGAAUCCGUACAAAAUAUGAGAGCCAACUACUGUAUGCUGCAUACUCCUUCCAUGUGGUCAUUUAUAGGUUAUUUGAUGUGUACAUACAAGGAGAGAGGCCAGGGAUUCAGUGACUUAGUCUCCACCAUUGUGGAUGACAACUGUCAGGAGACUUAUCCACUUCUGUCGGACAAAGUCAGAGUUAUGUUCCUUGGAAAAUAUAAUGACCAUGCUGUUCUGGCCAAAGGAAAUGUAUGGAUCCCUGAUGCUAAAUUGUCGAAGAAAUUUGCUACUGCUCUAGGAGAAGAGGUUUGGAAUGAUAUCGAGAUAUCUGUCCGGUCCUGUGUUCAGCUCCAUGUUUACCGUGAAUCUGACAUCCCAAACAGACACGGCCAUUGUAACUCUAAUCCUUAUAUUCCUAAUGAAUUAAGGAAAAAACUAGGAAUGCCACUGCUUUGAUAGUGCUAUCAUGUAGUCACAGUAUACCAAGUGCUGUAUGUAUCUUUAACCUAUAUCUACAUCUAGUUGCAGAGAGUUUGGCAAUGCUCUUGCAAUAAGGACUUUUUUAUGGCAGGCUGGUGCAAGUAAUAUUCUUUGUUGAUGAUAUUGAUAGGGACUGUGUUAAUUUGAACAUAUUUCAUUGUUAGCAUACGAUAUACGUAUAUAAGAUACAUACUGUGAAAUCAUUAGAAUUCAAGGUGGCUCAAUUUUCGUGGUAUUUGUGGGUAGCCCUCAGCCACGAAUUUAUACUGUCUACGAAAACUAAUUAUAAAAGAUUUAUAGUUUUCCUACUGAAACUGAAAACCGACACAUCCACGAAAUUACAUCCCCACGAAUAACCAAAAAACCCACAACCCACGAAAAUUGGCCCCCACGAAAUUAAAUGAUUCCACAGUAUACACAUGGUUUGGACACAAGUUCUGACAACUUACUAGGUCUUUAGGGCUAUGUAUCAUUAAAGAGAAAAGUACCAUGACAAU